AUGUCAAAAACUGAUGAACGAGCAAACAAAGCCUUUCAAGAACUAGAACAAACUAUGAAAGAUUUAUAUUCAAAACCAUUACCAUCACAAUUAUACCGACGUGCUCGACGAGAACAUCGAAGAAUGAAGCGUCUUCAAACGUUGCUACAUAGUCGACCUGAUAUUAUUGUACGUCGUAUAGACAAAGGCGAAGGCUUUUAUUUUGGUAAAACGGUUACGAUGGAUUAUAAAACAGAGGAAUACAUGAAUAAAACUGAAGCCUAUCAAGAAAUGAUAACUGAUCAUUCUCCACUGCUCGAUAUUUUACGUUCUACCGAAUCUGUACUUGAUUAUCUUGUGAAGAAAAAAGCGAUUACAAAAGGCCAGCGUGAUAAACUUAUCCCUAAUUUAAACAAGCUUGAAUUAGCUCAUUUAUAUUCAAUACCUAAAGUGCAUAAGCCUCAAAUACCAAUACGACCGAUCGUUGCUGGCAUCCAUGCAUCAGUGACAUUUGUCUCAAAACUAUUGAAUGAUCUUCUUGCACCAGUCUAUUUAGAAGUGGCUCAAGAAACUACAUUUAUUAAUAGUAUUGGCUUUGCUCGAAUAUUAGAAAAAUAUGCUGAAGCGGGUUUUCUCAAAUUAGCGACAAACUUUAUUAUAAUUGACGUUGAAAAUCUUUAUACCGUGAUUCCACGUGGAGGCGGCAUCAACGCAUUAAUUCGAUUUUUAGAGAAAUACGCUAAAAACAACAAAAUUGGACCAUUUAAUAUAGACAUGAUAUUAAAAAUGGCUCGCCUCAUUUUGGAUACAAAUUAUUUUGCUUAUAAAAAUAAAUACUAUCAACAAAAACGUGGCGGUGCUAUGGGUUCAGCGUUUACACAAGUCUAUGCCAAUAUUUAUAUGUUGGAAUGGGAACAAGAUUUAAUUCAACAUCAAGCAGCAAAACACGAAAUCUAUGGAAGGUACAUCGAUGACAUUUUCAUGACAACCAACGAACCACUAGAGGAAAUAACAAAAGAACUUGAUAAUGCAGCACGAAAAGAUGUCAACAUCAAAAUUAAAUAUAAAAUUAGUCAAACUACUGAAUUUCUUGACAUGAGUAUUACCAAUUACAAUGGAAUUUUGAAAACAUCCGUAUUUCAUAAACCAACUGCUGUUCCAUAUUAUUUACCUUAUACAUCAGAUCAUCCGAAUCACAUUCAUCGUAAUAUACCAUACAAUGCAUUACAACGUGCUGCACGUCUUUGUUCAAACCUUCAUGCUUUUCAUUCAGAAAGAUUGCGCAUUGAAGUAUCGCUUCUAUUAAACAAUUAUCCACCAAAAUUUAUCACCAAUCAAUUUCUCCGCUUUUUUCAAGUGAAUCGAGUCGAUCUACUAAUCAAACGAUCCGACGAACGAUCUUAUCAAAAAUUACAUCAAAAACUAUUAAAUCAGCCCACCAUACGUGAGACUCAAUGCAAAACCAUCACCAACAAUAUACCCUUAUUCCUAUCGCUAUUAGAAAUAAAGCCAUGGGAUCCGAAAGUAAUGUACAUACCGUACAAAUAUGAAGCCGGUACAACAUCAAACUUUCCACAACAUUUCCAUCAAUGGUGGAAAAAAAACUAUCUUUAUCAAGGAUCACCAGCAAAACGAAUUCAAAUUCGGCUAAUACCCAGAACAAACAAAACGUUACAACACUUCUUGAUUCACAAGAAGCCAUCAAAAACUAUUCUAACUAUUCAGACAUGA